UUCAUGUUUGAAAUUUCUCAAUAAAAACAAAAAAGAAGACAAAAACAGCAAAAAGACCUGUAGUCAGAACUUUAAAAAUACCAUCAAUUUAAGACUCUUCUAAAGUAAGUUUCUUUGUACUUAUAUAUACAUACCCUAUUACUUAACUCCGCCACCUUCCUCUUCAAAAUAAAUCUCUCUCUCUCUCUAACCUGCCCCUCUCUUUCUCUCUCUCUACAAUGGAGAACCGGUUCAAGCAACGAGUCUCUCGCUUGUUCCGUUCAUCAUUCGGUUCAUGUCGGUCUCGAAACAUAUCGGACGUCAUGGACCGACCCGUUUUCGUCUCCCAAAACCCCCCACACUCCCAACUCGGCGAACUCUUUUCUCCAAAGCCGACUCGUCCAUUUCCUUCCAUUUGCAGAAACAAAUGUUCCCAAACAGUGAAAUCUGUAGAAAACAGCUGUAUUGUAGCUAAGGAGCUCUUUCCCAGAAGUAAAGUCUCGGACAGAAAGUCCCUGCUCUUUCCGGCCGACGUCGACGGCCGUAAAUGCCCACCUGUUUCACCCAUUUCGCCUCUGCACACAUUCUACGACUUCAAAUCUUUCGAAUCAUCAAAUCCCAAAGAGAAAAGAUCGAGAGAUGCGAAGAACAAGAAGAAGAAGAAGACCCAUGUGAGGAGCAAAAAGGGUGACAAAGUUCAAUUUGACGCUUUAGUGGCGGACAAUUAUAGUAGAUGGUUUAGCAGCGACGGCGAUGAAGAGGAAGACGACGAUGAGACGACCCUCUUCUCCUCAAAAUCUCUAUCUUCCGACUCAUCUGUCAACUCCUUUUGCCGGAAAAAACCCAGUCGCCGCCCCAAACCGUCAGCCAAUCGACAGAGAAGAUCUCAAAGGAAGGAGUCUGAAACGGGUGUAGUGACGUUACAGGGGAAGGUUAAAGAUAGCUUGGCGGUGGUGAAGCGUUCGAGUGAUCCUUACAAUGAUUUCAGGACUUCUAUGGUGGAAAUGAUUGUGGAAAGACAGAUCUUUUCGACCAAGGAUCUGGAGAAUUUGUUGCAGUGUUUUCUAUCGUUGAACUCGUAUCAUCAUCACAGGGUCAUCCUUGAAGUGUUCACAGAGGUUUGGGAAGCUCUGUUUUCUGACUGGUCUUAG